AACCACAGUAUUUUAACUGUAGUUGUGGCGUUGAGGUCCUCUUCCUGCUUUGAGGUGAAGAACAAUAAAUAGACUGAGGCUGAAGGAAUCAGGGGGAGUAUAUUAUGACUUAGUUCUGGUGCAUCAUAGUGUUUUUUUAAUUAAAAAAAAAAAAAAAGCCAUGAAGAUGAAUACGACAUGCAUUCUCAUUUUUAUUCAGCUCUUUGAAGCCAAUGCAGAGUUGAUCUUCAGGCGUCUGACCGCGAGCCAGUCACUGGAGCUCUCCUGCUCCCCUAACAAGCUGAGCCUGAGGGGCCUCCACCUGUACCACCGUGGUGCCCAGACCCAGACCACCCUGCUGUCCAUGGCCAAGGGCGGCGAGAUCAAGGUCAACCCGGAGCACAGGGGGCGUCUGCACCUCGGCGGGGGGCUGGACUCUGCUCAGGUCAAUGUGACCAUAUCCCACUUACAGCACAAUGACACGGGACUGUACAUGUGGGAGCUGAGCUACAGAGAGGAGAACUACUCUGACCUCAUCCUCAGUGCUGAAAAGGUUUUCUUGCUGGUCGAAGGGGCAGAGAGGCCGUGCCAGUGCUCUCCCAGGUACCCCCCUCUGCUCUUCACCAUCUUCGCAGCAGCAGGGCUGAUUGUGCUCACACUCUGCUGGCUGGCCACAAAAAAAUGUGUGAAGGUGAGGCAUCAUGACAGACCACAAGCUCCUGUUCCUAUCUAUGAGGAAAUGACCAGGAAGCAGCAGAGCACUGGAGUCCCCCAAAAUAACCAUGAGGCCCCCUCACACCUGGAGGAAGACAACUUCCCCGUGUACGCUAACCCAAACAUCCGGCCGCCACAGGACAACUAUUACGCCUGUCCCAGGCAGCUCGCCCUCAGAACCUGACGUGACCUCUGGCAUCGAAAUAAUGGUGCUGCGAAGAUGAACAGGAAGUGACACCAGCUCUGCUGCAGUGUCUUUGCAGCAGAGCUGGUGUCAGCUGCAGAACAAACACACACACAUGCUGCACUGAUGGUGACUCUUCCUCCAGGAAAUAAGAAACAGAUGCAGAGAGACGAGCAACAAAUAAUCAAAUGGCACAUUUUUUUACAGCCAAGAAAAAAAAUGCUAUUUUAUUAAUAUUUGAAAGAAGCUCCAUAGUUCAUGAAAACAUUUGUUUCGGUGCAUGUCAUGUAACAAUCACAUUCUAUGAGGAGAAAGAGAUAUACAGAGAGAAAAAAUAAAACAUUACAAGCCACUGACUUCUCAUCAAAUCUCAGUACAGACAUUUUUACUUAAUAUUUCAAAAACAAAAAAAGGCAAACAAAAAAAAAAAAAAAAAAAAGCAGCCCUAAUCCCAUACCCCCACCCCACCCUCUGAUAAACCUUAACAACUGAGAAAAAAAACCCUUGAGGGUGACAGGCUAGAAUCCCACAGUGCUAAAGAGUGAGACGCUCAUUGGUUUUAGGAAUACACAGCAUGGCGAUGUAGCGCUAGGUCGAUCUGAAUCAGGGGAAGGAAGCUGGAGGCGGAGGGCUCGAGAUCAGUCACCUCUCCACCCCCACCCUCCCUCCACCCCCUUAAAAAAAAAAAACCAAAAACAAACAAACAAAAAAAAACAAUAAAACACAUUGGAUCCCAAAAACCCCUGCAAUUGAUCAGCCACUUAAGAAGUAGGCCAUAAAAUCCCCAUCUUAUGCCCCCAAACCCCACCCCCCAAAAACACUUGUGCAUAGUUUCAUGAUCCUUUACAACCAGCUCAUGUUUUUUUUUUUUUUACAAACAUCCUCCAAAAUGUGAAAAAAGUUCCACAAAAGUCUGAUUUAUCUAUUAAUAAUACCCGCUGUGGGAGAAUGAGAGAGAGAAAGUGAGAGAGAGAGAGAGAGAGAGAGAGAGAGAGAGAGAGAGAGAGAGAGAGAGAGAGAGAGAGAGAGAGAGAGAGAGAGAGAGAGGAAAGAAAGAUUAAUGCACAAUGUUCCUGAUUCAGUCAGGACGGGACCUCAUUAAGAAAACACAAUAAAGAUUCAAACAUACAGCAUUUUGCAUGUUAUUCACUGUCUCUUUUUUUAAACAAUCAAAAUCAUUGACCAUUUUUUUUGUUUUUUUUUUUAAUGUAAAGCAAUUUUUAUAUAUAGAUUUAUAUAUAAAGCACUCCAUUUUCAUUUAAAGUCCAUUAUUUGGUUAUUAUGUAACUGCUACGGAUUUAGAAACAAAAGGUAUUUUCUCUUCUUCUGAAGUCCAUAACUUUCAGUGCUUAGAAUUGUUUCUUUUAAAUCAUCCUUUUCUUUUUACUCAUCAUAAAAAUGUACAUUAAAAUGGCGUGGAGUUGGUACUCUGGAACCCUGGCCUUCCUGAGACAAGAUCCACUUUUUCGUGUGUGUGCAAGAUAGUGAGCAAUUAUGUCUUUUUUUCUUUUCUUUUUUUUUUUAUAUAAAGGAAAAAUAUUAUAAUCAACAUAAAACAUACAGGCUUGAGAUAGUCCAUGAAAUCAACUUUAACACAGAACAAAGAAGGUUAAACAGAACAAGACAACACUGUUCAAUCCCAGAGUUCUGAAAGUAGCACAAUAAAUCUUCAUUCUGUGAAGUGUUGUUUUUUUUUAAUAAAUGGAAGCAUUUGUCCUUUUUUUUCUUUUUUCCAACAUUCCCAUGGUUUAAUUCCUUUGUGUUGCAGAUUUUUUUUGAACUCCAGAAAAAAACUAAAGUGUUUGUAAACUGUCAGUGGCCUUGCAGGAAAACAAAUGACAAUAUGAGUGAAUCGAACAUAAGUGAAAACAGAACGAAAGCUAACAAACCAAAAAGGUAGGCACCUCUGAAGUGAGCCCUAGAAGCCAAGGCUCAGUCUGAUGUCUCGUCCUUCACUCUCUCCAUUGCUCAGAUUUGGGAGAGCUGAAGUCCUUCUACCCCAAUCUAUGGCCACAGGUCUGCAAAAUACUUUUUUUUUGCUGCAUUUUUUUUUUAUACAUAUGUGAUUUUUUUUUAGUUUUCUUUUUUUUUUUAGGUUUAUAGUCUGAAAAAUGGUGCAAUACUCAAUUAUGAUCCAUACUUUCUUGGAUUAUUCCACAAUGAAAGCCACUAAGGUAGAUAAACAUUACAUUUUAAAAACACACUUAUUUUAGUCCUUGAGUAAACAUUUACACAUGAACUGUCCCCGUCUCCCCUCAGUACUUGUAUCAUGUUGUUCGUUUAGCUGGAUGAGGGGUGAGGCCGACACUCAGUGCAACGCUAGAGGCUAGUAACAAUUAACAUCAGAAUAUAUUUUUGACAAGCAAAAAGAAAAAAAAACAAAACAAAAAAAAAAAAACAAAA